CCAUACGAGCAGGUGGUCGAUCACUUCUGGCAGCACUUCUUGGCCCAUUACUUUUGUCAAGACCUGCGCUUUGGUGUAGAGCGAGAGGCGUUUACCCACAGCGACAGCAGAGAGGCGGCCGAUGUCUUGGUAAGCAAUCACCGGGAUGGAGGAAGGCACCAAGUUAUCAUUGUCGAGGCCAAGAGGUUUCCGGGUAACACUCCGGCCGGGUGGGAGACCACUUACGAUUGGCAGUCAGUCCAUAGGUCUGUCCGGAAUCAUAUGGUGCAUUCUCGGAUGUGGCUAGGAACCGUGCAGACCACAUAUGGCAUGGCGGCAGUGGGCGACAAAGUUCGCUUUUAUUAUAUGUCGAUG